AUGCCCCCUCUCAACGCUUCUCGUCCCUCCCCUGUCACCUUCUUGCUUCUGGGCAUCCCAGGACUAGAGCACCUGCACGUCUGGAUCGGGAUUCCCUUCUGCUCCAUGUACGUGGUGGCCGUGGUGGGGAAUGUGACCAUCCUGGCCGUGGUGAGGACAGAGCGAAGCCUCCACGAGCCUAUGUUCCUGUUUCUGUGCAUGCUGUCGGUCACUGACCUGGUCCUCUCCACGUCUACUCUACCCCGCAUGCUCUGCCUCUUCUGGCUCGGGGUCCAUGACAUUGCCUUUGAUGCUUGUCUGGCCCAAAUGUUCUUCAUCCACAGCUUUACUGCCAUGGAGUCAGGAUUCUUCCUGGCCAUGGCCAUUGACCGUUAUGUGGCCAUCUGUGACCCGCUGCGCCAUGCCACCAUUCUCACUCAUGGUCGCAUCAUCACGAUGGGUAUCAUUGUGGUGUGCCGGGGCGUAGCCUUCUUUUCUCCACAUCCCAUCCUGCUCAAAAAGCUGCCCUACUGUAGAACUCGAGUCAUUUCCCACACCUACUGUGAGUUCAUGGCUGUGGUGAAGCUGGCGUGUAUGGACGUAGGAGCCACCAAGAGUUACAGCCUCAGCAUGGCUUCCAUCAUCGGUUCGUGUGACGCGGUUCUCAUCGCUGUGUCCUACGCCUUCAUCCUACGCUCUGUAUUCCGCCUGCCAUCCCGAGAAGCUAGUUUUAAGGCUUUGGGUACGUGUGGCUCCCAUGUCUCUGUCAUUCUUGUUUUCUAUUCCACAGCUGGCUUUUCCAUUUUCACUCACCGUUUUGGGAAAAAUGUGCCUGAACAUAUUCAUAUUUUUAUUGCAAAUAUGUACCUUUUAGUGCCCCCUUUUCUCAACCCUAUCGUGUAUGGAGUAAGGACUAAGAAAAUACGGGAGCAUGUUCUUAGAACGUUAAGGGUCAAAGUUGCCUGA